UAACAUGCUCCUCCUUCAUCAGACCUUCAAAGUUCUCCUUCCAUCUUUCCACCAAAUUUGUAGAACCUGUCAACACAUUUCCAUCUCUGUCCUGCAUCACUCUGAACAUCCUUUAGGGUCCCUUCUACUUUAAAGAUCUUAAUGUUAGAAAUAAUGUUGAUUUUUUUUCCUCUAAGAGAAUGAUGUUUUUUUAAGUGUGUUUGUGAAACAUUUUAUUUUUAAUAAUCUGGAAGAAGUUCUUUCUGACAGAAAUUCGUUUCUUUUAACAACCCAACCUCCAGGUUGCAGUCCAGCUGUUGGACAACAACAUUUAACAUUGUUCUGCUGGACUGAGGUCGUUGUUGUUUGGUCUCCUCCUCUGUGCGCGUCUCCGUCUCUCCGAAGCGCGACUAUGUUCGUGUGCACGCUUAUAUCGGGGGCGCGCACUCCUGUCUGUAGUUAGAGACAGACAUGGCGGCGGAUCCUCAGCCGGACUGGCUCUCCUGCCUUCCCUCCUGUUGGACUUUUGGGGUGACACGGGACGGACGCAUCUUCUUCAUCAAUGAAGACGCGAAAAGCACGAGCUGGCUGCACCCCGUGACUGGGGAGGCGGUGGUCACGGGCCACAGGAGCACCCCGGAUCUGCCAACAGGAUGGGAGGAAGGAUACACCUUCGAGGGGGCUCGCUGCUUCAUCAACCACAAUGAGCGGAAGGUGACCUGUAAGCACCCUGUGUCAGGCUGCCCCUCCCAGGAAAACUGCAUCUUUGUGGUCAGCGAACAUGUAAAUUGUGGAAAGUUUGUCCAUGCUGAGAAAGCCACCCAGGCCAGACCUGCCUUGAAGGCCUCGGAUGAGAACAGCAGUGAAAAGAAGGAGCGUCCCAUGAGCACCAUGAGUGAAGCCUCCAACUACACUGGCGGCUCCGAUUACAGCACCUUCCCUGGAAGCCCAGCCACCACCUCUACCACUACCACCACCAACUCUGCCUCCUCUGCACGGCUUUCUAGGUCAUCCAAAAAGAUCCACAACUUUGGCAAGAGAUCCAACUCCAUCAAGAGAAACAUAAAUAUCCCAGCGGUCAAGAGUGGCUGGCUUUACAAACAGGACAGCAGCGGCAUGAAGUUGUGGAAGAAGAGGUGGUUUGUUUUGUCAGACAUGUGCCUCUUCUACUACCGUGAUGAGAAAGAGGACAACAUCCUGGGAAGUAUCCUGCUUCCCAGCUUCCACAUCUCCAUGUUGUCAGUGGAUGACCACAUCAGCAAGAAAUAUUGCUUUAAGGCCACUCAUCCCAACAUGCGCACCUACUAUUUCUGCACGGAGACGGCGAAGGAGAUGGAGGUGUGGAUGAAGGUUAUGACUGAUGCUGCACUUGUCCAGGCUGAUCCUGUCAGAAGACUUGACAAACUUAAGGUGGACCAACAGACGCCUUUAGAGUUGAACAACUUGGUGAACCACAAAGUCCUAACGCUGCCGGAGAUCCAGAAAAACGAGCGCAAUAGAGAACCAAUGAGACAACACUCCCUCUCACAGCUGGACCACAAAAGGCAGAUAGAAGAAAAGCAGAACUCCAAAAGGGAGUACUACACGUUACAGAGAGACGGAGAAAGGUACUCUGUGAAGAGGGAUGGAGUCAGCUACAUGCUUCAGAAGGACGGCGACCGCUACCUUCUUCACAAAGAUGGGGAGAAGUUCUUACUUCGAAAGGACGGUGAGAAAUACUCUGUGCCGAAAGAUGGAGAGAUGUUUGCUAAUCACAGGGACCUUAAGAAGUGCGCCGUUCAGAAAGUGGACAAUAAGUACACAGUGAUGCAGUCAGAGGAAAAAUAUCCUCCAGAGCAGCGCCUGCUCACAAAGGACGGGGGAAUGUAUGAGCUGCAGAAAGCCAGGGACCAGCUCCCAUUCCACCAAGACGGACAGAAACUCAGGAAGGAUGUGAAGAGACAGCUUUCCUUACGGGAGGGAGAAAGGUGCGGCACAAUGAGGGAGACGGGAAGCAAGUACGGGACCAUCCAUGUUGUUAACAGGUACGGCAGCAUGAAAGAGGUGAGGAAGUACAGCACACUGAGGGACGGGGACAGAUAUGCUCCUCUGACGGACUCGGAGAAGUGCGCUACACUUUGUCAUGGAGAUAAGUACGUCUUGCAGCGAGACCUGCGCAAAGACAGGGUGCUGGCUCAUAGCAGCAGCAUGAAACUGCAGACGGCUCCUGAACUCUCAACCACAGCACCAGGCCAGAGCCAGGCCAACGCUAAGAAGCCCGACAGCUUAGGGUCCUGGCCAGAGGAGCCAAACGAGAACACAGAUGGACGGCUUGCCAAUCCCGCCAACAAGAGUCCGGCUCCAGUCCAGGAGCUAGAAAAUGGUCUGUCCAGAACCAGCUCUGUGCAGCGGUUGGAAAACUGGAGCAGCGCUCAGAGGACGAGAGGAGUGGACAACGACGCAAGGAGUAUGAUGUCGUACCAGACAUUGCCCAGGAACUUGCCCAGCCACAGUGUGCAGCCCCGUUACUCAGAUGGUUACUGCACCCUGCCCCGUAACAGCAUGAUGAGGCCCGACAGCAUUUGCAGCGUGACCGGCUCCAUAUAUGACCGGGCCCUCCGGCCAGCUGUCACCGGCGGCGUCAGCUCCGCAGAGAAGAGGAGAUCCAUGAGAGAUGACACCAUGUGGCAGCUGUAUGAGUGGCAGCAACGGCAGGCAAGGCAGAGUCUGGCUGCUCCAUCUGGUGCCGGUCACUAUGCAACCCUCCCUAACAAAAAGAGCAUGGACAUUUCUCAGUAUGCUGCCCCCUCCAUCCCUACCUCGCCGUCACACAGCUCUGUGGGCCUGUACAGCACUUUCUCUCCUCCCCGUCAGUCGCUGACUCACAACCCCGCCAACUCGCACUCUGAGGUGACCUCACCUGUCGUCAGAGGGGAUGUGACGUUGGAGCGCAGGCCAAGGUCACUCCCUCCUAAGUACGGAUAUUCUCUGGACCGGCGAUCUAUGGCAGCCUGCACCCCUCCUCAGCCAAUCACUGCACAGUCUCUGCAAGGCAAGACGCCCGAGGAGCUGACCCUGCUGCUGAUCAAGCUCCGCCGGCAGCAGGCGGAGCUCAACAGCCUGCGGGAACACACUGUAGCUCAGCUUGUGGCCCUGGGCAUGGAGGGGCCAAACGCCAAGACAGAUGUUCUCACCCAUCACCUACAGAGGAACCUGACUUACCUGGACAGCCAGACCAAGGAGAAUGAGCCUCUAAUCUUCAUGAUCCACACUAUGAUUGAGAACUCGGCACCAAGGCCGCAACUCUACCAGCAAAUCAACCCAGACAAUCUAAAAGGAGGCACCUUCAACCAGCAUACUAAAGAGAUCGACAUAGACACCAAGCUGAGCAGGCUGUGUGAGCAAGACAAGGUGGUAAGGAUGCAGACGGAGAAAGUCCAACAACUUCACAGAGAACAGCACACCCUGGAGACAGCACUGCUGUUGGCCAGUCAGGAGCUGGGUGAGCAGAGCAGCAGCAGCACAGUCAGGCAGAGCCUUGUCCAACAGAGGGACCAGCUGCAGAGCGGCCUGCUUAGCACAUGUAGAGAGCUGUCCAGAGUCAACACCGAGUUGGAGCAGUCAUGGAGGGAGUAUGACCAACUGGAAGCUGAUGUCAUUCUGGCUAAGUCCAAUUUGUUGGAGCAGCUGGAUGCUCUGGGCAGCCCUCAGACUGAGCCUCCAAGCCAGCAGCAUAUCCAGAUCCAGAAAGAGCUUUGGAGGAUCCAAGACGUGAUGGAAGCCCUGUUGAAGAACAAACCUCAGCGAAGCACAGACAGCAGUAGUCCGACUUCCAGACCCCUCUCCAGUCUGCACAAAAACGAGGCAAUCACGCUGCUGCCACUCUGUCCUCCAGCAGAGGUCAGCAGUAUGCCGCUCCGCCCACACCUCCCCCAGAACUUUUACUCAGCUGAAUGCCCCCCUCACACGACCCCCUGCCACUCACAGCCCAGCUGCCGGCCCUCGCACACGUGCCGCCCUGAAGCUCGCAAGACAACUUCCAGAAACGGGGCACACAGUCAGUCUACAGACUACCGACUAUAUAAGAGUGAACCUGAACUCACCACGGUGAAGGAAGAAUUGGAUGAGGCUAAUAAUGAGGAGAAGGACAAGAUAGAAAUCUCUGCUGAAGGUAAAGACCCUGCAGCUUCCAAAGGGCACCACUACUCUGUGGGCAUCGUCUCGCCCAGGGUAAAGUCACCCAUGAGCACCCCUGAGUCAUCCACCAUCGCCUCCUAUGUCACACUAAGAAAGACCAGGAAACCUGAAUCCAGAUCCGAUUGUCAGCAGGAUCGUCCCAGGAGUGCCGUGGAACAGGCAGGAUUCGGGGACCGGGAAAUCGGCAGACCAAAGAUGAGCGUAGAGGAGCAGCUGGAGAGGAUCCGGAGAAAUCAGGAAGCCGUGUCACUCCGUGAGAGGAGGAGAGAAACCCCGUCCCGAUCGCCCUCCUUCACCAAAGACAACCUUUUACUUCAAAAGCAGACACGAGGCCAGAUGGAGACGGCCUGUCCUGAACAGAUGGAGCUGGAGGCAGCUGUACAACGGCUGAAGAAUCUACAGGAUGUGGAAAGGACAGAAGAUGGAGAGGAGCAACACAGAGAGGACAAGUGUCCCAUCCAGAACAACAAUGCUGAAGACGAGUUGUGUGAAAGCCAGCGGGUGGUGAUUCUGGACAACACCUUGCAGCCUCAGCGCGUUGAGAUCGUGACCUUUCAGCCCUUCGAGGAGGAUCAAGACCAAGACCAGAGUCUGCCCAGCUCCCCCACAAAAACGACCACAGAGAGCAGAUUUCAAACAUCAAGCCCUGAAAUUCAGAAAGAGACAACAGACGUGAAUCUACAAAAAAACUCUGAGAAGAAGCUGGAGAUGAGUCUGGAUUCCUUCAGGCAUCUGACAGCAGACGACGAGAACCACAACCCCAAAACGCUGGCUGCACAGAUGUUCGACUUGGUGAGCAGUGACACGUGAGUGAGACUUGCCAGUAUCCCGCCAGCGACCUGCAGAGCCCAGAUGUAGCCAGAAUGCAGAGUGUGCUCCAUGGUUACCUGUACUUACAACAGGACCACUCUGAAUCAUCUGUUAUCACACCACUCAGAGACGGAUGGUAACAUACAGACCAAAAACAAGCUGGGCAACCAUCACCUAAAGAAGAAACGGAGACAAUGUAUUAUUUGAUUUCCUGUAUGUUCCAGAUGUUGAUUUUGUGCAGUUAUUUGUCCCCAUAACGUUUGCACCAGAGAGUUCAGAAGCAUCUAUAUAUUAAAUGCUGUUUUAUGCAGAUAUUAAGAAAAUAGGCGUUCAAUUUACAUGAUCACCUUUUUUAUGUGUUUUAUUUCCCUGAUCAGUGGUUGUAAACCACAGAUGAAAGGGUUAUCUUGCCUCAGAAAUUUGGUAACAGCAAAACAAACGGUGCUCUUCUUCAACAGUUUCAUCCAAACCCCACUACAGCUCCCUAUGUAACGGUGUGUUCUGGUAAUGGCGGCUUCCCUCUGCAUGUUGCUCUGCCCCUUUCCCCUGCCGUGUGCCUUACCACAGGUCUGUUCUACUUAAAUGUGGAUGAAAUGCCCCAUAGUACAGUUCUAAAUGUACACUGGUUGGUGAUGCAAGAAUGAGUUUUGGCACCAAUCCUCUUUGAGCUCCACUCAUUGACUGUAUAAGAGAACUGGACUGAGUGACUCUGACGGCAUCCAUAGAAAUGGUUUACUUCUGGCCAGAUAAAGUCAAAUCCGUUGCCAUUUUUUCACGGUAUGAAUGGCGAUGUUGAAGCCAGAUUUCAUCAUUAAUCAGUGAUUGGUCCUAGUUGGUCUGAGUCAUUGUUUGUAUGACAACCACUCUGGCCAAUUAGGAGUGAGCUUGUUGGAAGGCCACACACCCACCACUAGAAAUUGGGCUUGGAUGAAUCUGUCAAUCAGACAUUCUGAACCUGCUAUGUGAGACCACCUACUUUUUGGUCAGAUUAUAACAUGAACAAUUUGAGCUACAGAAAAAAAAGGUUUAUCAAGAACAUGUUUAAAAAAAGUAUAUCAGAUUAGGAAUGGUUAUUCUGGCCAAUAGAUUGACUAAGUGACAGCUGUUUAUUUCUCUAUAGAUGUCUGUGGGUCUUUGGCUUCCUGGAACCAGCGCAUACUUCCUGUUUGGAACACCAGGGGGGAGGGGUCACUCAGUCCAGUUCUCAUAUACAGUCAAUAUGCCUACUUUACGCAAAAAAAGCUCUGGCCACAUAGAUAACGGUUAUUUGUCUGCUUUCCAGAACAAAUUUCCUUUUUUUGCUGCUGAAUAUUCCAACACAAAGCACAGCAUUAUGGGUGGUUUUUGUCCUCUGAUUAUCAUGAGGUGCAACCUUUUCACCACCUCCUUGAGUAUGGUCUGAACAGAGUUAAGUGCAGCCCUCACAAUGAAAACACUCAAUUCACAACAGAAAUUUAGCAAAAAAAAAUUCUACAAUUACGUUUUUAUCUGUUUUCUUUUUUUCUCUUCUGUGUGAAGUUUUUAUAUCCAAGAUAAUUGUACUGUGGAUGAUUUUUUGAGUCCAUAGUGGCCUCAGCAGGUGUGUUCCAACUACUGAAAACACAGUAUGUGCCACACGUUUCUCCCCUUUUUUUUUUUAAAGCUAACCCUAGAAAAUUGUCCUCCUUUUCAUACAGCUGAUGAUAUCCAAAGAGGAUAUUUGUGAUUUCAAAAUUCAUGCUUGUAUCACAAACCAAAGGUGUCUGCUAAUUUGCCUUUUUUGUUCUGCAGGAAACUAAGACAGCUCAUGACACCCCCCCCCACACAUACACACACACACACACCCCCCACCCUGCUGAUGUUUCUAUCAGGAGCAGUCACCACUUAAAUAACUGGUCGAAUCGAUGAAGCUGCUCAGUUGACUAGAGAAACCUCUCUGGAUCAAUCCAUAAAGUGCAGCUGAUCUAAGAACAGAAUGCGGUGAAAGUAAAUGAAGUGUUGGGUCACUUGGGCUGCCAGAAUCAGUAACGUUACAAAGUUGAUUCUGUUCAGCACAGAAAAAGAAAAAAAACGUUUCUACAACAUUUUAAUCUUACUUUGUUAUAAUGUAGUAGUGCAAUUUAGUCAUCCAUGAGAGCCAUUAAGAAAAUGGUAAACCAAGACUAGUAUCUGAUGCACCUAUCAGCAGCUGUGCAGCUCUAGUGUUUCUGUUCUCUGCUGCUCUUUCCAGUAUUUUAGAUUCAACCACAGAUUUGCUUUCAAGCGUCAGAUUUCAGGAGAACUCUGUUCUACCACUAAUAGAACAGGCUUAAUGCUUACACUUUAGGCGUGUUCUGCAUAAAGAACUCCAAGUAACCACAAGCCAUUUUUUCAGUAAAUGUUCUUUCUUGUUUUAGUUUUUUUGCCCGUCUUUUGCUUAGAAGGGGUUAUUCUAACAGGGAGGGAGGAAGAUUUAAAAUCACUGAAAAGUCUGCCGUUUUCUUCUCUUUUUAGCAGCAGUUUGAGGGUAACGUUGGUUUUUAAGUCCAAGUCUUCCGGACUAAUUUUUGGCCUUCAGUGCAUUCUAAAGCUGUCUCUGCCAUAUUAAGACUCAACAAAUCAUAAUUUGUUUAAUUUACUAUUUGAAUAAAUGCCUAUUUAUUAUCCAAAGCCCAUUCCAAAAUCAGUUCAGCUUGAUCACAUCAGUUUUUCAUAAAACUAGUAAAGUAAACUGAAUUAAGGUAAAAUUUUCAUUUAUAACAGAAAUGCUGUUUUGGCCUAAAAAUCCAUUAAUUUUUACAAAUAUAUAUCAAAUUUUUUUAUGUGAAGAUUGAUUUUCAGGAAGCAGUUAGAGGCAGAGAUCAUCAUCAAUGGUGCCACGGAAAUUAAAAUUUCACACCACAGGGUGGAAAAAGACCUUAAAAAAACUUCAGCUACUGAGGAAUCUGUUUCCCAUCCAGACAUUAUUUGGAUUCCUGUGCAAUCUUGGAUUUUCAUUUUAACCAAACCAGGUACAGCGUGCCUCCAUAACACGCUCUGCCCUUAUUCAUUAGGUUGAGUGAUUCCUUACUCACUGAAAAAGGUGGAUGUUAACAGAUUGAUGGAUGUGUGCACCGAUCUUGAGGGCAGCCGUAGACUUCAGUCAGUAAAGUGUGAAGCUGUGAUCACCGGAACAUUGAUCAGCUUGGAGAUGCUCUUUACCUUAAACAUGCUGCUCUUUCAACUUUGUCCCUGUCUGUCUGUGUUUCAUGUUCUUUGUGGGACACACAUCAACAGCACCGGGACUGUCACCUUUAAAGACCCACUCCAAUCAUCUAUUGAUCUAUUUUCAAGGUGCUCCCAGUGGUCUUUUAAUUAUGAUUGUGCUGUUUUUAGCCAAAAUCUAAAAACCUGAGUUGUCUCCCAUCCCCAUUGCUGAGAGCUCUCUGUCUAAGUGGAGCAGGGAGGUUUUAGGUUGCCCAGGGUAUUUUCUACGUCACAAAUAAGAUCGUUUUCCAACAGCAUUUUUUUAUCUGCUCCUGAUUCACGGCGAUUUGAAUAAAGAAAUACUCAGAAAGGCAGUUUUAAUCUAGUUUUCCUGUAUAUAUGCUGUCCAUCAUCAGAAAAAAGCCACCAGAACAUGUUAAAAACACCAUUUUAUUGGAGUGGGUCUUUAAAGCAGUAGAUAUAUGAGCCUAGGUUUGAGGACACCUGAUGAGACGACAGCCUAAACCUAUGGCCUUGCUGUCACAUUGUUUUGUUUUUUAUGGGGAGGGGGGGUACAAUCCGUCAUUUCUAGUUUUGUUAUUCUGUUUUUCAUAGUUCAGUUAUAAAUUAUUACACCAAUUUAUUGUCUAGUAUUUCUUACAUAUUUAUUUAUUAUUACUUUUUACAGCGUAGCUCUAUCCUAGUGACUAUAAAGUACAGACAGUUUUAUCAUCAGGAUGACUCAGCAAUCUUGGCUGCCUAAUGCUAUUUGUACAUUUACUCUGCUUUUUGGGACAGUGUAGCCAUGGUUACACGUUCAUGAAAUAUUUAUGUAGGCCAAUUAUUUAUGUAAAUAUAUGAGUCUAAAACCUUGUUUUCAAAUGUCAGUUAAGCCACACCUCCGGUUCAAAUAAGACCCCACAGGCUGUUUAUGUCUUAGUUUACAUUGUUUAUCAUAGUAAGACGCAAUGGUAAUGAUAUAUUUGUCAAUGUCUAAUUACAUAGUAAUCAUUGACCUGCUCUUACCGUUCAAGGACUGGUUUUAAAUGCAGGUGUGUAUAGAUGGUUGCCAAUGCCUGCAGUGCCCAGAGACACCGACCUCCCCCUGGGUGGUCUCGACAGAGGUUAAUGUGUCUGAUGGAACAACAACUCUGUUGUUUUUGAAAAAGCAGGAUGAUAACCGCCUUCAUAAUCCAGCGGCCUUCGGUCAACUGCAGCUUUCUGCCCUUCAGGGGGCGCUACACUUAGAAUCUGGCGUUGCAUGAAAACUAUAGCUAGAGCACAGCCUGCCAACGUGUUGAUCAUUCAUUUGCAUACGAGAAUUAGUACUUGUUUUAGUCAAACCGGCCCAUGGGAGCUAGGUACACCCCCCCAAACCCCACUGUGCUGGGGAGGCCAAGCGAAGAUGCCGAGAUCAAAACCUUUCACUGAGCUGCUAUCAACACUGAUAAAGAGGAGAGAUGUCGAAUUUCAACAUUUCUCCUCAACACUCCUCCUCCUUCACGCCCAAGUGACCACAGAACUCUCCCAUCUCUGCCUUUUGCCAUGCUGGAGGCUCCCUGCUUUCACAUGAACGGUCCUUCCUUUUUAUAUGCAUAUAGAAAUAUAUUUAAAAAGUGUUAAACGUUAUGUUCUACUUCAAAAGUGCCACUUCAUGCUGCUGUUUUUCUCUUUUGUUCCAUGUCUGAUGUUAGUGGACUAAACUUAAUGUGAUCUGCUGAAUACGGGUUAUGAGAAUGCUUUGAAUGUGUAUCUGUUUUUGCAGUUUGUGUCUUCCGUUUAGUUCUCUUCGGUUUACAUCUUUGACCUGACGUGGGAGGAGCUGGAGGACCCGACACAGAUAGCACAUGUAUAAAGCAAUAAGUUGGAUCUUUGGGACAUCAGAGACAAUUUAGAAAUGUAAAGACAAUAAAAUGAACAAACACUAAUUUAUGUACACACUUAAAUAAGAGUGUGAAUAUUAUGAGAGGCUAUUAAUAAUAUCUGUAUCAAUAUGCAAAGGGAUCAUACUCCAUCUGUUUUAUAUUAUGUUAAAUAAAUGUUGAUGUUCCUAAA